GCAAGGGUGAGAGCACAAAAACACAGACAGCUAAGAGGACCCUUCCUCCAGAAAGACUUCAAGCGAAAAAGACCAGCCUGAGCUUCUCACAAUGAAGAUCCACUCCUUCGCCUGUAUCAGCAUCUUCCUCAUCGCUCUAGGAGCCUCCCCGGUCCUCCUGCAGAAAGCUCCCAAGAAAAAGCCCCUCAACGCCAACGGCUUGACGAAGUUGCCUCCCUGCUGCGAGGAGGUCCGAGACCUGAAAGUCCAGAUUGCCAACCUAAGCAGCAUGCUGGAGGAGCUGACCAAGAAGCAGGAGACCGACUGGGUGAACGUGGUCAUGCAGGUGAUGAAGCUGGAGGGCAGCUAUAAGCAGAUGGAGACGCGGCUGACGGACGCGGAGGGCAAGUACUCCGAGAUGAACAACCAGAUCGGGAUCAUGCAGCUGCAGGCGGCCGCCCAGACCCAAACCCAGACCACAGCAGACGCAUGCCGUGACCUUUACGACUGCUCGUCCCUCUACCAGAAGAAUUAUAGGAUCUCGGGUGUCUACAAAAUGCCUGCGGACGAAUUUUUGGGGAGCCCGGAGCUGGAGGUCUACUGUGAUAUGGAGACCCAAGGAGGUGGAUGGACCCUCAUACAGAGGAGGAAAAUCGGUCUGACCUCCUUCAACAGAGACUGGAAGCAGUACCGGGAAGGCUUUGGCAACAUUCGGGGAGAUUUUUGGAUAGGCAACGAGCACAUCUAUCGCCUGACCAGAAGGCCAACAGUCCUGAGAGUAGAGUUGGAGGACUGGGAGGGCCGCGUCAGGUACGCAGAAUACGCCCAGUUUUACGUCAGCGAUGAGCAAAACAGUUACCGCCUCUUCCUGGGCAACUACAGCGGGAACGCCGGCAGGGACUCCCUCCGCUAUCACAACAACACAGCUUUCAGUACCAAGGACAAGGACAAUGACAAAUGCCUGGAUGACUGUGCUGGACUGCGCAAAGGAGGGUACUGGUACAACUGCUGCACAGACUCCAACCUGAACGGCAUAUUCUAUCGUAAUGGAGACCACAACAAGCACUCAGAUGGCAUCAGCUGGUACGGCUGGCAUGGCUCUACCUACUCUAUGAGGAGGGUGGAGAUGAAGAUCCGACCUUACGACUUCCAGCAAUGAGAGGAGGGGGGUGAGAAAAACCCUGUUCAGCAUCCAAUGACCUCAACAGCGCCCCCUCCUGGCGCCAUUACUCCCUUCUUAUAUUCCUUGUAGAAUCCACCUGCACUGUGUAUACAGAGAGUUAAAGCCCCAUAAGGGGAGUCAUUGACUUGAUGCUGUGGACAAUGGGGGCAGCAGUUAGGGAAAACGACGCUUGGCGGCUCAGUGAGCGCGUCACAUGACAAUACUAACCAAACGACCGCCAUUGCUUGGAGAUGCAGGAUAUUCUGAGAUCUCUAAGUGACAGACACACAAUAUCCCACCUCUUUAUAGAGGAAACAGAGACAUGAACUACACACUGAACUAACACAGCUAAGAGGGACCACAGAUGUAUAUAUGCAAUAAUAAAAAAAGGAUGCAAUUCACAGAACAACCACUAGAGGAGACGGCAGCCCCAUCCUGCCCCUGACCGGAGAGAUGCUAAGGGGGCGGGUUUAUCAAAACUGGACCAAUGAAAACACUGGCAAAAAGGAGCCCCAAU